UAACUUUAUUUCGAAAUGAGUAAUAAUUGUCAUUAUCACUAGCUAGAUUCUAUCUAAAUUAGCAUCUUGUCGCGCUCAAAAGAUACCCACAUGUGCAAGACAAAAUGACCACUUCUGAAGGUGCCUGCCACACUCGUAGUGGUGCCCAGCGUCUCUUGCAAGCAUCAACAGCCACAGCACCUCCAUCGCCUAGCAACAACAGUAUUCCUGAUUCUUUUGGAUUUGUUGAUUGGAAGAAACGAGUCAAAGCUGAAUACACUCGAUUGUGUUUUCUUAGGAAAGAUAGACGAGCGGAUGAAGUAAAGAAUGCAUUUGCUGCAAAUAGAGCUGAAAUAGAGAGAGAGCGUGCAUUGGAGGAAGAAUGGCUGUCUAAACAGUUGAUUCAUCGUCUGAUACUGCCGGAAACAUUACCUGGAAUGACUGCCAAGAAGUGUGAGGUCUUCAGUGGCAUGGGAUUUCCAACACAGUCAGGUCCGCUGAAAACAAUGAUGGCUGUGAAAUCAAUACCAACCAUGUAUAGCUGGGCUCCAGUGCAGCAGAAUUUUAUGGUUGAGGAUGAGACAGUGCUACACAACAUCCCUUACAUGGGAGAUGAGCUUCUUGAUCAGGACACCUCUUUCAUUGAGGAACUCUUGAAAAACUAUGAGGGCCGUGUGCAUGGGGAGCGUAUCUCUGGCAUAGGCGAUGACCUAUUUUUGGAGCUGGUGAACUCAGUGGCUCUGCAGUACAAGCUGGAGAAUGGAGAAGAGAAAUUCAAAAGAGAAAUAAAAGAUGGGAAAGAAGAACCGAUGGAUGUCUCAGAGAUUCCAGUCCAAGUUUUUGAAGCUAUUUGUGCUGCCUUCCCUGAUCAAGGUGGGACUGUUGAGGAACUGAAGGACAAAUACAGAGAGCUGGUUGAGGCGCAGAAAGCCAAUGCACAGGAAGCCCUCCCUGAGUGUACACCAAACAUUGAUGGUACAAAAGCUCAAUCUGUGCCUCGAGAGCAGACCAUGCACUCUUUCCACACUUUAUUCUGCAGGCGUUGCUUCAAAUAUGAUUGCUUCUUACACCCCUACCAUCCCACUCCAAGCAUGUUGACCAGGAAAAUGCCAGAAAAGAAAACUAAAAUAGAACCUUGUGGUCCUGACUGUUACCUACAUUCUAUACGUUCAAAAGAUUCCAAAGAUGGGGACCACAAAGACUCAAAAGACAAAGAUAAUGGGAAGGAAGCUGUAGGAAGAUCCUCACCACUACGUCUGGAUGGAAAUAGCAGAAAAAGAAAAGCCAAUAAUGGUGGAAGUGUUGCUAGCAGUGAGACUAGUGAAGAGAGUAACAAUGCUGAUGAUUUGGAUAUCACAUUUCCUCCACGUACAUCUCCUACUGCAGAAGAUUGGACUGGUGCUGAAGAGUCACUGCUCCGUGUCCUCACUGAUGUGUUUCGUAGCAAUUACUGUUCAAUAGCCAGGCUGAUAGGAUCUAAAUCUUGUCUGCAGGUUUACCGAUUUGCUGUGAAAGAAGAAGCUCAUAUACCAGACAUAAAUGAAGAAACAGCUCAGACCCCACCCAGGAAAAAGAAGAAGAAACAAAGGUUGUGGUCCAUGCACUGUCGUAAAAUCCAGCUGAAGAAAGAUGGCUCCAGUAAAACAGUGUACAAUUACCAGCCGUGUGACCACCCUGGCCAGCGAUGUGAUGAGACAUGUCCUUGUAUCAUGGCCCAGAACUUCUGUGAAAAGUUUUGUCAAUGUAGCUCUGACUGUCAAAAUAGAUUCCCAGGCUGUCGCUGUAAAGCACAGUGUAACACCAAACUUUGUCCAUGUUUCCUGGCUGUCCGAGAGUGUGACCCAGAUCUUUGCCAGACUUGCGGAGCAGAUCAGUUUGACACACCUAAGAUCUCUUGUAAGAAUGUGAGUGUUCAAAGAGGGCAGAGAAAGCAUCUCCUGCUGGCCCCAUCAGAUGUUGCUGGCUGGGGAAUUUUCCUUAAGGAGCCGGCAGAGAAGAAUGAGUUUAUUUCAGAGUACUGUGGUGAGAUUAUCAGUCAGGAUGAAGCGGAUAGACGAGGAAAAGUCUAUGACAAAUACAUGUGCAGUUUUCUUUUUAACUUGAACUACGACUUUGUUGUGGAUGCUACUAGAAAAGGCAAUAAGAUUCGCUUUGCUAACCAUUCCAUCAACCCCAAUUGCUAUGCAAAAGUCAUGAUGGUGAAUGGAGAUCAUCGGAUCGGUAUAUUUGCAAAACGUCCAAUACAAGCUGGGGAAGAACUCUUCUUUGACUACAGGUAUGGACCCACUGAACAGCUUAGGUUUGUUGGCAUUGAGAGAGAUGGAAUGAUUUAGGAAAUUGGUCUGUAUGUUUUCUCAAAACAAACUGUGAGCGAAAAAAAAAAGCAAUGUCCUGUAUAGCAUAACAGCUUGGAUUCUUGUAUGACUUUUAAAUUCUGCAUUGUGUUUUUAAUGCAAAGGUUCAAUGUAUAAGCACCUUUUAUGAGGUAUUAAAUGCACUUGGUAGGUUGAUUGUUACACAUGAUUUUGCAUUUAUAUGUAUUUAUGCAAAGUUCUGUAUUAUAAAUUUGUAAUACAACUUUAUUUUGCCUGUUGCAAUUUUAGAAAUAGAUUUCUUGUAUUAAGAGGAACAAAUGUGUAUUGUUGAUAUUAGUUAAUGUAGUUAUUCUUUCUUGUUCUGAAACAAGGUCAUGUAUAUAGACUUUUGUUGGUUAGCUUUACUUGGUAAGCUUGUAACAUGCUGUUUAGAAAAGGUUACCAAGUCAUCAUCUCACCAGUGAUGUCAUAAGACAUUGGCAGCUGGUUCUCAACUACCAUAGAGUGAUGACAUAACAAGGUAGUGGGGUCAUUCUGUUACGACUGGGACAGUCAGAAGUGAGAGUAACGAGAAAAGAGGCAUACUAGGGUUAAAAGUUGUUAUAGCAAUUGAAGCUAAUAGUUUUUAUACCUUUUGAUCAAAUACAGAGAACUUGCAUGUGUUUGUACAUACAAGAAAUAGACGUGGGUGUCUGGUGUCUUGGCUGUUGAGCCUUAGCUCUUGAACUGUAUGUUUUUGUGCUCAAAUCUUGGCCUGAGUUGAUAGAUUACAGUAAAGGCAGCUUAUCAUUAUAGUGGUCACUUGACACCUUCUUUAACUAAGUCUUCAAGGAUAGCUUUACUUACUUUAAAUUUGGGGAUUUAAGAAAUAUGUCAGGAUGUAAGGCAUGAAUCUAUGAUGUUUUGAUUUCUUUUUGUUGGUGUAUAUCUUGCUUUGACUAAUUACUUUAAGACAUUGAAAAAAAUUAGAAUAAAACAUUUGCACGAGGAGCCCAAUCUUUUUUUUUUAUGUAGCUCUUAACAAGACUUUUAAUUCCAAAAGAAUUAUUGGCUGCUCAUUGAUACAUGCUUUUAAAAUAAUGAAUACAUGAUGAUAUAUUGAUUGAAGAAAAACAGUAGAGCUGAAUGGGAUGGGGAAAAAAGUGUUUUUUUUUUUUGUUGUUUUUUUUUGUAUAGAUCUUUUUGACAUGCAAUCUAUAUCAGUCUUCACUUGUUUUGUGAAUAUAUAUACUUUUAUUUUGGUACUUUUUUUGCAACAAUUUAAUAAAGAAAUGUAAAAUGUA